GCUGCGCGAGAUUAAACUGGUGAGUGAAGUGAACGCGUUUUAAUGUGAGUGGACGUUUCCACAUCUACCAAAGUACAGAAGAACUGUCGAAAACUGAAUUAAGGACCCCCUGAAACCAUCUAUUUAUUGUUUGUUUUUUCUCUCCGGGAUAUUAAAGUUCGGCUGUCAAGCCUCUGUGUCCUGUCUACCCCUCAGUAUGGCUGAGCCUGCUGAGCUGCUGCUCAUCAAGGACCAGUAUGAGUUGGCGUUUCAUUCUCUGAGCCGCGGGCUGGCUGCCGAAGAGGCCGGGAAUAGAGCAGAGGCCCUGGAGUAUUACAGGAAAGGUGAACUGCACCUCACCCAAGGAAUGGAAGUGCCCACUGCGGGGGAGAGGCAGCAGGGGGCGACCUGGGACACGGCCAGGCAGCUUCAGCAGAGGAUGAGGGACACUCUCAAGACCGUCAGUACCCACCUCUCGGACCUGGAGACCUCUCCACUGACGACAAGUUGCCAGAGGGGCCGCCUGUUGAUAGAUCUUCCUCCCAGUCUUUAUCCUGACCUGGCACCAAACAGUCAGCCUCCCCAAAGCUCCCUCCACCAUCUGUACCCCACCAUACCUGCCACCACCCAGAACAAAACCCCAACUCCAAAAACACCCCCUGUUAGGCCUCCUUCCCCCGCUGCUCUGCACACACACAAGCUCCCCGCUGCAGGAACUACAGCCAUGGCUAACCCAGGGGACCAGCCUCCAGCAUACACACCACAGCCAACACUCGGCCAUCGCAGCCUGGCUUACGGUCCAGCUGGAGGCGGCCUCGGGUCAGGAGCGCAGACUGGAGUAGGAGGAGAUGGAAAGGAGCUGCUGUUCAUCCCCUCUGGGGUGCAGAUGUUUUUUGUGGCACCGAAUGGGCAGGUCAGCUCCCUGUCUUCUCCAGGAUUCCUUCGUAUCAUGAUAUUUGACAGCCAGCAGAAAGAUUCCACUGCUGGAAAACCCUCUGCUUUUCUGCAUGUGUGUGACUGGCUGUACCCGCUGACAGCAGACACUCCAGUGCUGCUGGCUAACUCCGGGAUCUUCAUGUUCCCGGACUCCUUGGCAGAGACGCCAGGGUCCUACGUGGGCAUAGUGUUGUCCUCUGAACUGCCUGCUGUUGAAAGAGAGACGUUUAAGGACCUCCUAACGCAGCUCGCUGAACUCAGGAUCCAGGGUCCAGAGGGGGCAGGGUCAGAGGUCAUCAACCUGAGUGAGAAAAUCUCUAUCGGUCCCACCAAAGAGGAAACAGGACUAACGGUGCCAAUAGGGGAGAAGGAAAAACCACCACUUCCUGGAUGGAGUGAGAAAAUGGCACAAGGAAUCUUGUCAGGAGCUGCAAAGUUUAGUGUAGAGUUUGUCAAAGGAGCAGAGGCCACUGGCAGGGCCAUUCAUAAAGGAGCAGCCAAGAUCCGGGACCGCAUCACGCCUGAGGAAACUCCUUCAGAGGUCAGCCCCCGUGUGACCAAAGGUCUGCAGGUGGCUAAACAGGCCACCGGGGGUGCUGUGCGAGUCAGCCAGUUCCUGGUUAAUGGAGUGAGUACAGUGGCAGGACAUGUGGCAGAGAAGGUGGCGCCCCAUGUGAAGAAACAUGGCGCUAAGCUUGUCCCAGAGUCUAUGAAGAAGAGUAAAGACGGCCAAGCGUCCAACUUGGAUGGAGCCAAGUUUGUGGCAGCCAGCAGUGUACAAGGUUUCUCUACGGUUUGGUCUAGUAUGGAGACUGGAGCAAAGCUUGUUGCCAAAAGUGUUUCAGAAGAGACUGUCAUGACUGUGAAGUACAAGUAUGGUGACGAUGCAAGCCAAGCCACAGACACUGCUCUCAAGUCAGUGGUCAAUACUGCAGUGGCUGCGCACAACAUUGACAAUCUGGGCAUCAAAGCCAUCCUGAAGACUGCGGGCAAACAGACGGCCAAAGCCAUGGUCAAAAGCCCGGGUGGACAGCCAGCGGGAAGCGAGGGGAAGGAGGCGCAGACACAAGAACAUCAAACAGAGACGAGCAAAAAGGAGGCGCAGAAACAAGAAGCAGGGACGAAUGGGAAGGAGGUGCAGAAGAAAGAGGAGGAAGAGAAGAAGUAAUAGGAUGUUAAUGUUUUGAUUGAAGGUCUCUGUCAAACUGAUGGAUCAAUGCCUUGUAGGCAAAAAUAAUUGGAAUUACCCUCAUUUUACUUUAAAAAAAUCAUAAAUACUACUUUAUUUAUAUACCUCUAGGUCAAGGAUCGCUAUAAUGUUCUGUGUUACUUAUUUUUUGUGGUUCUGUUUAGGUUUGUCAUUAUAUAGUAACAUCUAAAUACUAUAUUUUGUGCAUGUUUAGUAUUGAACAAAAUAUUCUGUUUCCAAUAAACUGUAGACUUUAUGACCACCUGUAUGGAGGUAGCUUUAGUAAUGUAAAGCAAACUAUAAAUUGAGCAUUUUAAGUAUGAUAAUUAGAGAUUAAUUUUUAAUGAGAUGUUACUGGAAAGGUGUUCUUGUAGAGGAGCAAAAAUAAUAUAUGCAAAAUCUGACCUCUUCUUUACACACAUACACACACACGCACACAUAUAUACAUACACAAAAAUGGACAUGCUGUGCU